GCUGUCAAGGAAACGUGUGCUGCUCAGCUCCGCGACGAGGGAAAAAGUUCUGGCAAAAUCUCCGUGGUGAUUAAACUCCGCUGCUUUGUCUCUUUCCAUCAAAGGGAUCAUAUCCAGCUCUGAAAAAUGUCCGUCAUCUCGGAGGAAAGUGUUCGCGGGAGGAGCCUUUUCAAGGAUAUCGCUGCGGACGACGAGGAUCUGCAGCCCACGGAGAUGGAGAGUCUGUGCAUGAACUGCCACCACAACGGAACCACGAGACUGCUGCUUACCAAGAUCCCCUUCUUCAGAGAGGUGAUCCUCAGCUCCUUCAGCUGCCCGGACUGCGGCUGGGCCGACACCGAGGUCCAGUCAGCGGGACAGAUCCAGGAGCAGGGCGUGUGUUACACGCUGCAGGUCCGGUCCAAGCGGGACCUGGACCGGGAGGUGGUGAAGGCGGACAGCGCGACCACCAGGAUCCCCGAGCUGGAGUUUGAGAUCCCUCCGUUCACCCAGAAGGGGUCCCUGUCCACCGUGGAGGGGCUGCUGGACCGGGCCGUGGCCGGGCUGCAGCAGGACCAGCCGGGCCGGCGGGCCGCGGACCCGGAGGUGGCGGACAAGAUAGACGCGUUCAUCCACAAGCUGCAGAAGCUGAAGGACGUGGAGCACGCAUUCACGGUGGUGAUCGAGGAUCCGUCCGGGAACAGCUUCGUGGAAAACCCCGCGGCCCCUCAGAAGGACGAGGCUCUCACCGUGUCCCGGUUCAGGCGCAGCGUCCAGCAGGACGUGCAGCUGGGUAUCCGGGCCGAGGGUGACACGGACCCGGACCCGGAGCCAGCCGGUGAUGACCUGGACACCAUGAGGAACGAGGUUCUGGUCUUCAACACCAACUGCCCAGAGUGCAACGCGCAGGCCUCCACCAACAUGAAGCUGGUCCAGAUCCCCCACUUCAAAGAGGUCGUCAUCAUGGCCACCAACUGUGACAGCUGUGGCCACAGGACCAACGAGGUGAAGUCGGGCGGCGCCACCGAGGAACUCGGCACCAAGGUCACCCUGCACAUCACCGACCCGUCAGACAUGACCCGGGACCUGCUGAAGUCAGAGACGUGUUCGGUCCUCAUCCCCGAGCUGGAUUUUGAGCUGGGGAUGGCGGCUCUGGGAGGGAAGUUCACCACCCUGGAGGGUUUGUUGAAGGACAUCAAGGACCUGAUCGUCUCCAAGAACCCGUUUGUCUGCGGAGACAGCACCUCCUCAGAUCGGGUGCAGAAGCUGAUGGAGUUCGGUGAGAAGCUGGACAAGAUCAUCGCCGGAGAGAUGGAUGUCCAUAUCGUCUUGGAUGACCCAGUGGGGAACAGCUACUUGCAGAACGUAUAUGCUCCAGAUUCAGAUCCAGAGAUGACUGUUGAGAAGUACACCCGCACAUUCGAGCAGAACGAAGACCUCGGACUGAAUGAUAUGAAGACUGAAGGAUAUCAAGAGGGAAACUGAACUGAAAAUUGACAAUAUUGAGACAUAAACCCAGUGUACUUGCAGAGUUUUUUGCCCUUUUCAUCAUUUUUAAGUUAAAAAUUGGGUGAUUAUCACUUCCAGAAGGCCUGGCAUUAAAAAUGUGGGAAGGAUUUUAAGUUGCUGGAAUGUAUGAAAAAAAACCCACAGAAGUAACCUGAUUUGUAUAGAAACGCAUAUGUUGUGAUUAUUAAGAUAUAUCUUUCAAUUCAAUCCAUUGCAGUUUAUGUGGCAUUCCAGCAGAUGGCGCUGUGCUUUCACUGAUUAAUAGUGUUUAUUUUCUUUCAGAGACUUACAGGCUGUACUACAAAUGAAUCUAUUUAUAAACCUGCAACUUUGCCAUAAUCUGAAUAGUGAAAAAAUAUAUAAUGUUGCUCUGGUUUUGUUUUUGAAGACAUCAAAAAGAAAUAUUCAGAUUGUUUUUUUUUUAAUCUGUUAUCAUAGUAGCAAUUGCAGCACUUUCCUGUCAUCAAAUACAACUUGCUGGAGUUAACAGUUUCAAAUGGGUUAUUGUCUGGUCAUAAAGAUAAAAAUAAAUAAAUUCACUGGUAGCAACAAAGUAGCAAGAUAUGAGUCAACUGCAUCGUGUUCCACUAAUAGAGUAAAGUGAAUUCCUAGAUUACACAGCUCUUGAGUGAGCAGCUGUUAGCAGGAUGCAUCAUGGAAAUAGAGCAGCAGCAGUGGACCCGUUAUUCAGUCCCCAGACAACAGAGCAGACGCUCAUUGCUUGUGAAAAUCUUUCUGUACAGUCUUUUUGGUUUUUUUGCGUAUUUCUUACUUUGGUUGUACUAUGAAUGGAAGCCAUGUGUUGGUAUCACUUUGAUUUACUCUGUUGACUGUCAAAUAUGGGUGCAGUGGUUAGCACCGUCUCCUCACAGCUGGAUGGUUCUAGGUUUGAAUCCUUCCUGGGGUCUUCCACUGCUGGGUUUAUGUGUCCCUCUUGUGCCUCUUUGGGUUUUCUUCACAGACCAAAGGUCUAAAUGGUGUCGUAACUUGAGCUGGGAUUGAUUCAGAUUUCCAAAAUCAAUUCGAUUUGAUUCACAAGGGCCUGAUUUGAUUCGAUUUUCGAUUCAGAUAAGGAUAUUUCAAACACAGUACCCUUUUCACUUGAAUAUGGAAGAGAUUCUCAGAGAACUAAAGAUGUAAAUUGUAGAGACUAACUCUAACUUGGUAAUUCAUCAAAAAUAUUCAUGUUUUACAUUAACAAUUGAGCCCAAAGCAGCAGUUAGGGUUCAUUGCUGGCUUUGUGUUUUUUUAAUCCAAAAUGCAUCCAAACAUCUGCUUUCAACUUUGUUGGUGGGGCCUUCAGUGCUCCUGCCAUGAUGUUGAGCAACGCUCUUUACCCUGUCACGAGAGAUUGCUGUUCACGGGAGACUACCUGGCUUUAAACUGCAGGCUGCAUUACACACGGUAGAAAAGACAUUAAAUGAUCCAUUUGGGGAUUUUAUGAAACGAUAACAGAAAAUCAAUUCAAAUUGAUUGAUCGAUUUUUUUAACCCAGCCCUAUUCUUAACCCUCAGAGCUCAAACAGCACAGGUCUGUCCCUGAAGCCACCCUGGAUGAAUUGCCAUGGGACUAAUAGACAACUCUCUAAAAGGACAUCAUUUAGGAGUUUGUUAGUAGGUAACAUCUUCCAGCUUUACAAAAUGCCUUUUUUGUCCAGUGAAAGUUGGGAUUCAUUUGAUAUUAUAAAAAAAAGAAGUAGCAAUAACUGCACAGGCUCACAUUUUUUUCUGUUAUUUUUUUCAGAAAAAGACUUAAGUGAACUUUGAACCGGGAUGUAUUUUAUUGAUGAUAGA